GCACCUGUAGUGUACACUGUGCACGCUUAUUGGGCAUAUUACUGAUAUUUCGUCAGUUUAACGGUAAUAUUAAAGUUUAUCAUUUGUUUGAGUCCCGUCCGUUACUAGACACGUAAUUAUCACGUGCAACACCAUGCAAAUCGGGUUUAAUCUCACGAUUUUGACCGCUGUCGCUAUUGUCUUCGCCGUGUCUUCGGUGAACGCCAAGCCUGUAUCCACAAAUUCCGUUGCCGAUAAUCAGUCGAAGCCGGACAAACCCGGUGCGAGACAGUCGUCUGAUAUAAGUUUUCCUGUAUCUCAUAUUGAUGCCGUUGAAACGUCCACGACCGUCGUCAUCGUGAAUAACACUUUGACCAUGUCUCCAUCGAACACAACUACGGUUUCGUAUCCUGCGAACAUCGCUGCGGAAACUUCUACGUCCAAUAACAAUACCAGCGCGACAACGAUUUCCGAGGGAACAGCCAAAGACACCACUACCUUCCAGACGUCUAUCGAAGAAACGACUAUGGUACAAACGACAACGAUGGCCAGCUUAGAAACGGUAACCGAAAACCAGACAUCCACAAAUCAGACAACCGAAAGUGGACUUUUGACCACGAGGUACGUGAUCCACCCGAAUAUUCAUACAGCUACUACGUGUCCGAGCGGAUAUACUAAUGAUGCAAAUGGAGGGUGUACAAAAGUAUUUCCUUAAAAUUAACAUCAUUUUGAACGAGUCUACAAUGUCAAAAAAUCAUUUUUGAGAUUAAAAUAAUAUUUAUAAUUAAGUACUUAUUAAAUGAUAU